AUGGAUAUAAAAGAUCCAAAAAGGGCGCUCGCCGUCAGUCUACAGUCCGACAAGGACCACCUCAGUCGCAUUAUCCACGACAUUACGGGAUCUGUUCCUACUCCUACAGAGGGCUCUCUCGCAGGCACUACCCACCAGCUGCCCCUCAAGACCAAAUACUACACCACCACCGUCCCGGUCUGGCUGGACCUCAUCGACUCGCCGUCAGAGUGGGCAUCUUCGUUCCUCUCCCCGGAAGCCUCCGAGGUCCUCGGCGUCCUCGGCGGGCUCCUCCUCGUCUUCUCCAUCCCCGAUGGCACCACGCAAACGGAGAGCACGCGGCAGCUCAUUCAGAACGUGGGCAAGGUCGUCCACGACGGCCUCGGAGGGUGGGAGUGGGACGGCGUGAAGCUGGCCGUCGGCGUCGGCAGCGCGCUGGAUGUGGACGACUGGGAUGAACUGUGCGCCGAGGCCGGGCUCGAGUUUGUGCAGGUGGGUGGCGGCGACGACAGCGACAAGCUGCAACAGUUUGGGGAAAAGGCUGGCAUCCCUCGCGUAAAGGAAGCCCUCGAGGCCAAUGAAUGGGACCUGGGCUCGGCCGACGAGCCGCACCCUGACGAGGAGCACGCCACAGCGGACGGCAAGCAGGCUGCAGACGGGGCGGCGGCGUUGGAGGACCUCGAAAACAUGGACUUUGGCCUUGGCCAGACCGACCUCGACGUCUUGAAGAGAGCCCUCUUCACACAUCAAGAUUCGGAACAGGAUGGCCCGGAUAAAAGCGAGCAGGACGUCAACGACCAGGACGUGGCCAAGGUGGAAGCCAUGAUGCGCAGGCUCCAAGCGGCGCGCGAGGCCGGCGAGACCAUGGGCGAGACGCAGCGGAGGAAAAUGGCCGCCAAGGCCGUCGAGGAGGUGAUGCGGGAACUCUACUAA